CGAGCUGACAAAAUGCCAUUAAAAUAUCAACAUUUAAUUGAGAUUUGCCUUGUGGUCUGUCUCUGUUUGGGCUUAGUGAGAGCAGAGGAUGCUGAUCUGGACGCACUCCGCAUCAAUGGUGGCCAGUUGAUGAACAAUACGGUGCCGUUUCAGGUGUCGCUGCAGAUGCAACGCCGCGGCGGCUGGCGGCACUUUUGCAGCGGCUCCAUAAUCAGUGAGCUGCAUGUGUUGACUGCGGCCCAUUGUGUGGAAAAGAUGAAGGUGGAGGAUCUGAGCGUUUUGGGUGGCACACUCAACUGGAAGUCAGGUGGCAAGCGGCACAAGAUUGUGGGGAAACACGUGCAUCCCGGAUACGCAAUGACGCCACGGAUUAUCAAUGACAUUGCAGUGUUAAAGGUCAGUCCGCCGUUUGGACUGCAUCUCGCCGAGAUUGGCACCAUACCCAUGGGUGGCUCUGAUCGCAUUGGCGGCAAAGUGCCUGUCCGUCUCACCGGCUGGGGAUCCACAACGCCAAGCAGCUCGGGGGCCAAGGUGCCGGAUCGGCUGCAGGUGCUUGACUAUCAGACCAUCUCGAAUGGGGAAUGCGCACAGAAAGGUUUUCGCGUCACACCCAAUGAGAUCUGUGCAUUGGCAGCACAUGGCCAAGGAGCCUGCAUGGGUGAUUCGGGUGGGCCAUUGAUCUUGUCAAGCGGCCCACAGAAACUGGCUGGAAUUGUGUCCUAUGGUAGCGCCACCUGUGCCCAGGGCAAGCCCGAUGUCUAUACGCGCGUCUCUAGUUUUCUGCCCUAUAUAAACAAAAUCCUUAACCAGGACUUGACCCGACAACCCCAGCAAACCGAGCAAAACUAAUAAAUUCUUUGCGCCUUCAA